CUGCGCUGCUGCGAUGGCUCCCGUGCCGCUGCCGCACAAGAAGAUCGUCAAGAAGAAGACCAACAAGUUCAAGCGUCACCAGUCCGACGAGUUUGUCAAGGUCAAGGAGAGCUGGAGGAAGCCCCGCGGUAUCGACUCGCGGCAGCGGCGCAGGUUCAAGGGCCUGACGCUCCUUGUGAAUGUGGGCUACGGCUCGGACAAGAAGACGCGCCACAUGCUGCCCGGCGGCUUCUACAAAUUCACCGUGAGCACCGUCAAGGAGCUCGACGUCCUUCUGAUGCAGAACCGCCGGUAUGCGGCGGAGAUUGCGCACAAUGUCUCUGCGCGCAAGCGCAAGGAGAUUGUGGAGCGUGCGGCGCAGCUGAACAUCAAGGUGCUCAACGGCGGCGCCAAGCUCAAGUCCGAGGAGAACGAGUGAGCGCCGUUGGCCCGCCUACCCCUCGCUGCGAGGGGCCCCGCUUGCAUUCGUUGGGAGGGGGGAUCGAAAGCCUCCCCCCCCGCCCCCGUGACCUUUGAUUUGACGUACGCUCUAUAUACGCCAU